AUGGCUGCUUCUCCUGAUACCAAUUGGCUCGCAAAGAUCGAGGGCAAGUCCUUCCAGAAUGUCUCCAUUGACUCCGCCAAUGGUGAUGCCAUCAACACUGAGGAGUUCCUCCAGGCUGCUCGGUCCUUGGUCACUCUCUUUGAUAUCCUUGGCGCCACUACCUUCAACCGCGUCAUUGCUGAUUUGAACACCAACAUCGAGAAAGUGCAAAAGCGAAAGGAUGCUGCUCCUGCUGAGUCUGUAACUUUGCAGGACCUUGUCCGCAAUGAGUUGAAGUCUGGCCAGCACAAGGCUACCGAGGGACUCCUUUGGUUGGUGCGUGGCCUCGAUUUCACCGUUCAGGCUCUCCGCCACAACCUCAACAACCCCUCCGCACAACUCACUGUCUCUUUCAAGGAGGCCUACGGCGACACCCUCAAGCCCCACCACAACAUGAUUGUCAAGGGCGUCUUCAACGCUGCCAUGGGCUUCUGUCCCUACCGGACAACCUUCAUCCGUAAGGUGGAUGAUAAGAACGCCAAGGCCGCCGCGGACGAGAAGGAACAGGUGGACCCUGAGGUUGAGGCCCGUGUACUUGCCGGUCUGAAUAAGGAGGUUGAGGCUCUGGAGAAGGUUGUGAAUAUCUUGAAGACCUUCCAGGCUUCCCCCGAGGCCCAAUGGAAGUAA